GUUUGGAAGCACCAUAAUGGCAGGGUCUUCUUCAGAUGCUCAAAAUCCUUUAAACUGUCCAAUCUGUCUGGAUAUGUUUAAGGAUCCAGUGACUACAUCUUGUGGGCACAGUUUCUGUAAGGGCUGUAUUAAUGAGUAUUGGAAUAGGGAAUUUACUCAGAGAGGAAUUUACAACUGUCCCAACUGCAGGAAGACAUUCAGUCAUAAACCAAAUCUGAGCAAAAGCACUGUGCUGGCAGAACUUUUAGAGGAAAUAAACAACGUUCCACAAGCUGGGCCUAAAGACGUGAAGUGUGAUUUCUGCAAAGGACGAAUACUAAAAGCCAGCAAGUCUUGUUUGGUGUGUUUGGCUUCUUACUGCAAAGUUCACCUUCAGCCUCAUUAUGAGUCUGAUGCAUUCAAGAAGCACAAUCUGGUAAAAGCUUUCCCACAACUGAACCAGCAGAUCUGCUCUCAACAUCAUAAAGCACUGGAGAUUUACUGUGCUGAUGACAAUCGAUGUAUUUGUGUACUCUGCCUGGGGGAUCACAUUGGACAUAGAACAUUCGCAGCUGCAGAUGAAAUGGCAAAAAAACAGGAGGAACUCAAAUCAAUAAGGAUAAGUUCCAAACAGAAAAUCAAGGAUAUAGAGAAGAAUGUGCAGGAGUUAAAGAAGGCUGUGGACUCUCACAAGCGCUCCGCUCAGGCAGCAGUGGAGCACAGUGAGCAGAUCUUUAAGGAGCUGAUCAAUUCCAUACGUAAAACAAAAACUGAGGUAAGAUCACUGAUCCGAGCUCAAGAGAAGAAAGAAGUAGAACAGGUUGAGAAUCACAUAAGGAGCCUGGAGCAGCAGAUUGGUAGUCUGCAGAAGGACAACGAUCUAUUGGAGAAGGUUUUACACACAGAUGAUCGCAUUUAUUUCUUCCAGAAUUACUCUUCCAUUUCUGAAUUGAUGUUGUCCCCAUCAACCGUGCCCAAGGCUGUUAAUGAGCUCCCGACAUUUGAGAAUGUGAAAAAAUCUUUCUCAGAGCUGAAAAUCCAACUGAAUCAAGUUCUUCAAGAGCACACGGUCAAUAUAUCAAGAAUAGUUGCUGAAGUCCAAAUUUUCACAAGCCAUUUUCAAAAAGCCACCAUGUCUCCAAUGUAUGAAUCUGUCUACUCGUCUGAUUCGGAAUCUCUCGAUGUCCUAUUUGGCUAGCUUGGCAAUUCAUUGGACUUACCCGGGAAUUCUGACAGAACUUUCAGUCGCAUUUUGGGAUUGCCUUUCUUUGACUUUCUGUUGGGACAGCAAUCAGAUAUUAAAUCUGGUUUCGCCUUACAUAAGUAUGUAUUCACUGAUUUUGAACAACACAGUUAUCAUACAUGCACGCUUUCUCUGUUGUUCAUGUACAGUGCAUUCAUACCCCCAUAAUGACAAAGAAAAAAAAUAUUUUUUGAUAACUUCAAAUUUAUUAAAAAGAAAAAACUGAAAUAUCGCAUUGACAAAAGUAUUCAGACCCUUUGCUACGACGCUUGAAAUUUAGCUCAGGUGCAUCCCAUUUCUCUGGAUCAUCUUUGAGAUGUUUCUACACUUUGAUUGGAGUGCACCUGUGGUAAAUUCAAUUGACUGGACAUGAUUUGGAAAGGCACACACCUGUCUAUGUAAGGUCUCACAGCUGAAAAUGCAUAUCAGAGCAAAAACCAACCAAUGUGGUCGAAGGAACUGCCUGCAGAGCUCAGAGAAAGAAUUGUGUCGUGGCACAGAUCUGGGGAAGUCUACAAAAUUUUAGGCUGCAUUGGAGGUUCCCAAGAGCACAGUGGCCUCCAUAAUUCUUAAAUGGAUAAAGUCUGGAACAACUAGGACUCUUCCUAGAGCUGGCUGCCUGGCCAAACUGAGCAAUCGGUGGAGAAGGUCCUUUGUAAGAGAGGUGACCAAGAACCCGAUGGUCAUUCUGGUUGAGCUCCAGAGAUCAUGUGUGGAGAUGGGAGAAACUUGCAGAAAGACAACCAUCACUGCAACACUCCACCGAUCUGGGCUUUAUAGCAGAGUGGCCAGACGGAAGCCUCUCCUGAGUGCAAGAAAGCUAAAAAGCACCUAAAGGACUCUCAGACUGUGAGAAACAAGAUUCUCUAGUCUGAUGAAAUGAAGAUUGAACUGUUUGGCCUCAAUUCAAAGCAUCAUGUCUGGAGGAAACCAGGCACCACUCAUUACCUGUGCAAUAACAUGAAGCACGGUGGUGGUAGCAUCAUGCUGUGGGGGGGUUUUACAGCAGCAGGGGCUGAGGGACUGGUCAGGGUUGAAGGAAAGCUGAAUGCAGAAAAAUACAGAGCUAUUCUUAUUAAAAAAACUUGUUCCAGAGUGCUCAGGACCUCAGAUUGUGCCGAAGGUUCACCUUCCAACAGUACAAUGAGCCUAAGCACACAGCCAAGACAAUGCAAGUGGCUUAGGGACAUCUUUAAAAUGUAAAACUUUGCUUUGUUAUGAUGGGGUAUGGAUUGUUGAUUGAUGUGCAAAAAAAAUAAAUAAUUUAAAGCAUUUUAGCAUAAGGCUGCAACAUAACAAAAAAAAUGAAGGGGUCAGAAUACUUUCUGAAUGCACUCUGUAUGUAUAUGUAUAUCAUAGCAUAUUUAUGCUUAAUCUCUAAAUAUAGGUAACAGUUAAGUUGUGAAAUACGAAAUGUGUGCAGGAUUGGUGAUUUCUGCUACAUUGUACAAAUACUGAUCAGAAUAUUUACCAGUAUGACUUUAAAAUCAAUUACUUAGUUGGGGUUUGUAAACAGCAGUUCAUCUAACUUUAUGGAUUGUUAUUUUUUUCAUUUUUGUUUACAGAAAUGAAUAAACAAAAUACUGUUUUCUUUUUUAUUAAACAGGCAAAAUCCAUUCAUAUUUCUUGCUACUGUAUUAUGUCUGAAACUUCUUCCAGCUUCUACAAUGUUUCCUGAAAGUUUGCCAUGAGAUUACAUUUGUUUGUUUCCACAUAGCUUGUGCAGUGUCUGUCUCCCUGACAGAGUAUUAACUAACCUUUCCCAGCAGGAGGAGCUGCUCGCCACACAUUUUGUGUGCUCAUUACUGGAGAGGAGGUCAAUAUUCAUCAGCAUACUUUUAAUGACUUAAAUAAGCAUACAGUUUCCAAGAGACAUAUGGUAUAGCCUCUAGCUGUCAUUGUGCAAAGAA